UUCGGCUCUAUUUCAUCGUCUUCUGUCUUUCCGCCAUCUUAUUCUAACUACCGUCUUCAUUCUGGAUUCGCUUCUUUAUUGACAAUCCGGGUCUCAACACGGCUCGACACGCCUUCAACUCAAAAGCAAAGUCUUCAUCUUUUAAGUACCAUGUCUUCGGUCUAAACAGCGCGGGGUCUGCUAUCUUGAAUAUAUUGUUUUGCGCCUUUCCCAAGCGACACGCCCUCUACACAUACGCACUUCCCACUCCAAAGACGCCAAAGCCACCAUCACUCUUCACGGCUCAUCUCAACGAUGCCAAAUCUAUUCUGCUCUUCCAAAAAGAUCACGCCUCCAUCCCAAAGACAUCACUUUUCUUAUAUUUUGAUACCCGCGAACACACUCAACCUCACUCGACAGUUCCUGUUCAUUUUCUAUCUGGACCUGUUAGAGUCCAUCGUCGAACAUUGUCCCGUUCCCUCUUCAAUACUACCAACCUGGAACUCGGCGCACCAAUCUCAGCAGCUCACAAUGACUUCACCCAAGAUCAACAUGUGGCUUGAAAGAGCCCGAGGUGAAUUGACAAGCAGCGAACUUGUCGAACUUCUUACGGCUAUCGGAAAGCAUCUUGCCGAUCAUGAAGAGCAACCGGGAAUCCACACACUGUUAGAGGGCGCCUCACCCCGGACAGACAAGGACACCGACCUUGCCUCCCUUCUUUGUAUGCUGUGUUUGGAAAUCGGGAAAACUACCUCCUUCAAGUAUAAAGCCGAUCUUGUCACGCAUUUGCUCAAUUUUCACCUCAAGAACCACUGUCGGUGGGAGUGCCCCCAGAGCGGCUGCGGCAAGCCCUUUGACUCCACUCAUGGGAUGAAAGAACAUCUGAAGGAGGCUGGCCAUGAAAUGAUUCACUGUGGGAAACUGGAAGACUUACUGGAAGACUGCAAAACUGCAUUAUGCCCACAGGUCGUCUUUGCAUGUGGUGCAAAGGUUUGCAGGGAGGUCGUUAUAGUAUCCGACCCCUCCGAACCUGCAAGAAUUGCUGCAACCGCUAAAGACUACUGCAAGCACAUCGCCAACCACGUCGUCCUAGGUCACGAGUGGUCUUUUUCAAAUCGUUUGGGGAAUCUCAUGCGCCAAGAUGGUGUGUAUGAGGCCUUCACGGCUCGGGGCAACAACGUGGAACACUUCAAUUGGCAGCCGCAUACCUCGUUCGUGUUGAAGAAGGUGUUGGAGACUCGCCAUUUCAAUGCUCAGGAUAUUAAACUGUUGGUCCUCUGGGCUGAAAAGCUCGGCUUCGGAUCCUACUCCCUACCCACCUCGCCGAUACUGACAGAGCCACUCUUGAGCAUCUCACUUCCUAAAAAAAGUGAGAGCUGUGCCUGGUGCAACAAAAGUCCCACUGCUUUAUUUCCCCACGGGAUUCCUUUUCACGGCUUCAGUUACUCGCAGGCCUCUGAAACCCCGACUGGAGUGGCUUCACUACCGGCAUCCAGUCAUGUUGAGUUUGUGGCUGCUCAAAAUGAGAUGGGCCGAUCGCUUACAGGCAUCAAGAGCAAUCUAGAAGGCUAUCCUCUGGGCACCGCGGUUCCCGGUGGACAUGGUCAACUGUACAAUAACUAUCCCUCAACCUCCCAGCAGCCUUCUACAACUCGGCCGGCUUCCUUGAUGGGCGACAUGCAUGCACCUCAUGAGCCACUAUCUGGGAUCAACGACACUCUUCGUGGCCUUCCCCUGGCCGGCACGGGCAGCUUAUUUUCUGCCGGUCAAACUGCUGGUGCGUUUGGCAUGCGCACCAACGAUCCCUCGGCCUCCCAGCAGGCUUAUACACCUUGGCCGGAUCUAGUGAUGGAUGAAUAUGAUGCACCCCAUGAAAUGGAUCAAGAGGACACUCCAGUUUGGACAAGGAACACCAACGGCCACUGA